AUGAUAGGCUACAAUACUAUGUACGAGAAGAAGUACGAGUAUGAGCAGCUACCACAGUCACCUCGCUGGGCGCAAGAAUCAGCAUAUUACCGCCUACGGACUUAUGGCACUACAAGAGUCAGAGUGACGCGUUUACCAAUCAUUGUCGGAACAUUCAUAUUCUCGGCUAUAAUGUUCGUGUUUUUCACAGGGCCAGGCAACGUGCAUCUCCUUAUACCAGCAUCAGGCAAGGAUGAGAACCUGUGUAAAGCAAUCGUUGGUGCUGCUGUUCUUGGCUACCCGUCACCUAAGGUUCUCAACUGGGGAAAGACUUUCAAUGAUGAACAUCUGGUUUCUGGCGGCUCGCACAUCGCAAAGAUCAGCGGUGUCUCCUCUUACCUCGAGAGCCUCUCACCAGAGCAAGAUGAAGACUUGAUUGUUAUGACAGAUGGUUACGACACAUGGUUCCAGCUAAGACCGGAGACACUCAUCCAACGCUACUUUGACAUUAACCAACGAGCAAACGAACGCAUCCGCCACGACUUGGGUGACCAUGUCGUCAACGCCAACAAGAUCGAGCAGAAGAUUGUCUUUUCAGCACAAAAGAGGUGCUGGCCCUGGGCUGCAGAUGCCGCACCUUGCUAUGCCGUUCCAAACUCAACUCUUCCCGAAGACAUCUUCGGACCAGACACUGACACAGAUGUUGGUGACCGAAACCCAUAUCUUAAACUCCGCCCUCGCUACCUCAAUUCAGGAGUUGUCAUAGGCACAGCAGGCGCCAUGCGUUUGCUCUUUGCCGAAGCUCUAACCCGCGCGAAGAAGGAUCCCAACUUUGGCAGCGACCAGAACAUCUUUGGCUCCAUCUUUGGCGAUCAGGAAGUUUACCGCGAGGUUGUGCGACAAAGAGACAUGCCAUGGAUCGAGCGCCAACACAAUCUCCGCAGCGAUGAUCCACGCCAGGGUCUGAUCCGCGAGAGCGACUUCGAAGCCGUGAGAAACAUGAACCGAAGCAUGGAAUUCGGCAUCGGGCUUGACUACGAAGGCUCCAUCUCUCUGCCCACCGUGUUCUCCGAAGACGACACGGAGUGGGUAAACUUCGACAACCAACCCUGGAUCGAUUUCUUCAACUACAAACGCAACAUUGACAAGUCGGAAAGCAGAUUGCUUCUGGCUCAAGACAUUGCAAAGACGGCUGCGCCUCUUUCUAGCAACGGCACUGAUGGCAUUGAAUCCAAGGAUUGGUCGCAAGUGUCACUGUUUACAAACGUCCCCACUGGUUUUACUCCAGCUAUUAUCCAUCACAAUGCCCACCGUGACGGCAUGAAGAACCUUCGCACAAAGGUUUGGGAUAAGAUAUGGUUCCAACCUUAUGCUCGCGUGCUCAUGGAUCAGUACAUGGAUACUCCGCUUUCGGCUCUGGCAGUCGCAGGUGGCAGAGAGUGGAGAAGCAGUGAUGAGUGGAAAGGAGGUGUCAGAGACGAUGUAGGUCGAUGGUUACCAUACCAAGAUGUCUGCGGUGGCACAGAAAACGAAAUCUUUAGAGAUGGAAAAGGUCCUUGGAUGGCUAGCCGGCACGUUUGA